AUGUGGAAUCUUUGGUGUCUCUCAUGCUUGGUAUUGCUCUUUGCAAUAGAUGUUGUUGGUCAAAGAUUUCAAACAAAAUGGCUAACACUAAGUGGAGAUGCACCAUUAGUGAUAGCGCGUGGUGGAGUUUCUGGAUUAUUUCCUGAUUCAAGCUACGAGGCAUAUACUAUGGCAAUGGAAACUAGCUUGCCCAAUGUCAUUAGUUGGUGUGAUGUGCAACUCACUAAAGAUGGAGUUGGUAUCUGUUUUCCAGACCUCAAGCUUGACAAUGCCUCUGACAUUGAUGUUCACUACAAAAAUAACAAGAGUGAAUACUUAGUGAAUAGAGUGUUAAUACAAGGAUGGUUCUCUGUAGAUUUUAAUUUCAAUGAUCUCGCACCUGUCACCUUGAGGCAAGGAGUUUAUAUUCGAACCGAAAAAUUUGAUGGAACAAAGUAUAGAAUUCUUACUGUCCAGGAUGUGGCAAACCAAGUUAAACCUCCGGGAUUAUGGUUGAACAUACAGCAUGACAAUUUCUUCACCCAACAUAAUCUUAGUAUGAGAAGUUAUAUUAUAUCUCUAUCCAAGAAUGUUCUCAUUAACUAUAUUUCAUCACCUGAGGUGACUUUCCUCACAAGUAUUGUGGCACGAUUCAAUCCACGAGUUACAAAACUUGUUUUCCGGUUUCUCGGACAGGAUGAUGUUGAGCCUUCAAUAAAUCAAACAUAUGGUUUCUUAUUGAACAACCUCACAUUUAUCAAAACGUUUGCCUCUGGAAUUCUUGUUCCCAAAUCUUAUAUCUGGCCGGUGGACAACUCCCACUACUUGCAACCAUAUACGUCGCUUGUGUUAGAUGCUCAUAAAGAAGGUCUUGAGAUUUUUGCAUCGGAGUUUGCAAAUGAUGUACAUUUUCCUUACAAUUUCAGCUAUGAUCCCACAUUUGAGUAUUUGUCCUUCAUUGACAAUGGCGUCUUUUCUGUGGAUGGAGUAUUGUCUGACUUCCCAGUAACUGCAUCAGCGACAAUAGAUUGCUUCGCUCAUUUGAACAAGAAUGAUAAACCUCGAGAAAAGUUUCUGAUUAUCACAUCUGAAGGAGCAAGUGGAGAUUACCCGGGUUGUACUGAUAUGGCAUAUACAAAAGCUGUUUCGGAUGGUGCAGAUGUCCUCGACUGUCCUGUUCAAAUGACAAAGGAUGGAAUACCCUUCUGCCUGGGUUCUAUUAAUUUGGUGGAUAAGACAACAAUUCUUCAAUCGCCAUUCAGCAAUAUUACUAAUACUGACCCAGUACUCAACAUAAUUACUGGAAUAUUCACUUUUAACCUUAAUUGGGAUGAGAUUAAGAGCCUGAAACCUGCAAUAUCUAGCCCAUGGUCAGGGUUUGGAUUGUACCGAAAUCCAAAAGCCAUAAAUGAUGGGAGCUUUGUGUCGUUGGUGGAUUUCUUGAUAUAUGCAAAAAGUGCCACAACUCUAUCUGGUGUCAUGAUCAGAAUAGAGAAGGCAGAUUACCUGGCAAAUCAGGGAUUUGGUGUAAUUGCUGCUGUUGUUGAAGCCUUGAGGAAUACUGGUUACAAUAAUCAGACAUCAAAGAAAGUUAUGAUCCAAUCUAAAGACAGUUCAGUUCUGAAAGAAUUUAAGAAAAGAAGCUAUGAACUUGUUUAUAUGAUAGAUGAUAAUAUCAGGGAUAUUGAGAGCGCAACUAUAUCCGAGAUCAAGAGCUUUGCUAGUUCAGUAAUUUUAACCAAGAAUUCUGUUUUCCGGAGUGAGGAUGAUUUUCUCGUUGGGAAAACAGAUGUGGUGCAGAAGCUGCAAUCAUCAAAUCUAUCAGUAUACGUUCAACGCUUUAACAAUGAGUUUGUGUCUCAAGCAUGGGAUUUUUUCUCAGAUUCAUCUGUAGAGAUAAACAAUUAUAUUGUUGGAGCUGGCAUUGAUGGUGUUAUAACAGAUUUCCCUCGCACAGCUGCUACAUACAGAAGGAACCGUUGUUUGGGUUACAAACACCGAUCACUGUAUUUUAGCCCCGUUGAAACUGGAGGUCUCCUACAAUUCAUGUCUCGUCAGUCAUUGCCACCAGCGGAACCUCCCAGCCCUAUACUUACGGAAAGUGAUGUGGUUGAGCCACCUCUACCUCCUGUUGCAAAGAUAACCCCUGCAAGCAAUGCUGAUGCAUCUCCAAUCGCUCAAUCCUCAGUUGUGGCUGGCGUUUUGACAUGCUGCCUCACCAUUCUGCUUGCUGAUCUCAGUUAG